UGGCGUUCGCCGUCUCGGCCGCGGCGCGUAGGGCAGCCCGAGUGUGACGGCGCGACCGGCCGCGGCGCGAGGAGCCCUCCUUCCGCCUCCCCGCGGCCCGCGCGGCGGACGCUGUGGGGACGCAGAGCGGCCGCCGCGCCCCUCGCCCCGCUCCCCGGCGGCCGCUCCGGCCCUUCCGGGAGGCGCCGCAGCCUCAGCCCGCGCCGCACGCAGAUGUGGGAAGACAAAUGAAGGGGUUUAGAAGCCAAAUGAAUGUCAGUGGAAAGAAGAGCUACCAUCACUAAGGGCCUAACACAAGCAAACUCAUUUUCAGAGUUAAAAAAUUAUUUUAAAAAACAAGAUGGGGACUCCUGGUUCUGGAAGGAAAAGAACACCUGUGAAAGACCGAUUUUCUGCAGAAGAUGAAGCUUUGAGUAACAUCGCCAGAGAGGCCGAAGCCAGGCUAGCAGCAAAGCGGGCCGCCCGGGCAGAAGCAAGAGACAUCCGCAUGAGGGAACUGGAAAGACAGCAACGAGAGGAAGAUUCAGAAAGGGCCAGGCAUUCUCAGCGGUCUGGUCGUCACCGUCCAUAUCUGGGAGUUGAGGAUACAUUGUCUCUUCGAAGCCUUGGCAGUCACAGGAAUCAUUCUUACAGUCACACCCAUGGGAUGAAGACGCGAUCUUCUAGUUCUCAUAAGGACCCACUGAGUGGGCUCUACUUUGACCAGAGAAACUAUAGCAGUCUUAGACAUAGCAAACCUGCCUCUACCUACUACUUCCGGUCUUCUUCCCUGUGCAGUGAGCCUCUGGGCACAUCCAGGAGUCAGAACAGGGCAUCAUUGUAUGGUGGAUUAUAUAACCCUUAUGGUUCUCGAACUCCAUCUGAAUACAGUUACUACUCAUCCAGAGCAAGUUCUUCCCGGAGCAGUCCUGUGUCCAUCGAUGACGACACCGCAAGCAUUGUGUCUUCUGAUGGCGCCAGUCGUGGGCGAAGGGAGAGCGUGGUCUCUGCUGCUGAUUAUUUUAGCCGCUGCAAUCGUAGGGGGAGUGUUGUCUCUGAGGUGGAUGUCGCCGGCAUCUCAGACUUGACCAGCUUGGACGAAAAAUCUGACAAACAAUAUGCUGAAAGUUACACAAGACCUUCAUCUCGAAAUUCUGCCUCAGCAACAACACCUCUAAGUGGAAACUCAUCCAGACGGGGCAGUGGGGACACCAGCAGCUUAAUAGACCCGGACACCUCGUUAAGUGAACUGCGGGAUUCUUUGUCUGAAGUACAAGAGAAAUACAAGAAAGCCAUGGUGUCCAACGCACAGCUAGACAACGAGAAGAACAAUCUGAUCUACCAGGUGGACACCCUCAAGGACGUCAUUGAAGAGCAGGAGGAACAGAUGGCAGAGUUUUACAGAGAAAAUGAAGAGAAAUCAAAGGAGUUGGAAAGGCAGAAGCAUAUGUGCAGUGUGCUGCAGCACAAGAUGGAUGAACUCAAAGAAGGCCUUCGGCAGAGAGACGAGCUCAUUGAGGCCCUAGAGAGACAGAAAGAACACAUUUCCUGCCUCAGGCAUGAGCGAGAUGUGCUCAGAGAGGAGCUGGCUGCCCUGCAGGAGACAGUGAAGACAGCAGAGAAACAUGGCUUAGUUAUAAUCCCAGACAGCACUCCCAAUGGUGAUGUCAAUCAUGAACCUGUGGUUGGAGCCAUUACUGCUGUGUCUCAGGAAGCUGCUCAGGUCUUGGAGUCAGCAGGAGAAGGGCCACUAGAUGUGAGGCUACGGAAACUUGCUGGAGAAAAGGAAGAGCUCCUGUCACAGAUUAGAAAACUGAAGCUGCAGUUAGAGGAAGAACGGCAGAAGUGUUCCAGGAAUGACGACACAUCUGGGGACCUGGCCGGACUGCAAAAUGGCUCAGACUUGCAGUUCAUCGAGAUGCAGAGAGAUGCCAAUAGACAAAUUAGUGAAUACAAGUUCAAGCUUUCCAAAGCAGAACAAGAUAUAACCACCUUGGAACAAAGUAUCAGCCGGCUCGAGGGGCAGGUGCUAAGGUACAAAACUGCUGCUGAGAACGCUGAGAAAAUUGAAGAUGAACUGAAAGCCGAGAAGAGGAAGCUACAGCGAGAGCUACGUACAGCACUGGACAAGAUCGAGGAGAUGGAGAUGACCAAUAGCCACCUGGCAAAGCGGCUAGAGAAGAUGAAGGCCAACAGGACGGCCCUUCUAGCCCAGCAGUAGGAGGCAGCCUUCCACCUGGGUGCUCUGAGGGCCUUGCCCAGAGACACUGACUCUUUUUGUACAUUGACACAAACCCCUUGGAGUACUGUUUGAGUCUUGUCAUUAAACAGCCACCUUUGUAUUUUAUAAUUUAUGAGAAUGAAGCAGGUUUAAUUGUCAUGAAUUUGCAUUUUGUUUGUAGUUCACUUUAACAGUGAGAACUAGUCUGUGCUGUUUUUAUUUUCAACAUUCUACAUUCUAGAAUCACAUUUUCUCACCUCUUCCUCCAGCUGCCUCAUUGCUGGGCACUUGGAGGCCUUGGUGUGGGUUCUGGAGGAUGGCCAUUCUGAGAGCUGAGACACUUGCUGGAGACCUCAAAACCACAAGUGCCUUCUCCACGGUGUGACACAGGCUUCAGAGACCAAGUAACCAAGAUUCCUACUCUUCUUACCAGAGCGUAUACAUUUCAGUGAGGAUGUGUUCAGGGGUGGGGAGUCUGUUUCACUCAAAUUUAUAUGUUUGGAGGAAAAAAAAUCUUUUUUUUUUUUUUGUAAGAUAUUUAAAAUUUAUAUAAAAAAUGUUAGAAAAUGAUAUGGGGAGUGUAUAUUAAAUUUAUUGCAGAGGAAGUCCAGAUCUAUACUCUUUUUAAAAGAGUAGGGUCCUUAGUCUCUGUAUCCACUGAGCUGUACCUUGUAUUUUCAUCUGCUGCUUAUUUGUGAAAUGAAUCUUCAGACAAGCUCGAGGGAUGACAGGGACAGUGCAGGCAGGUAGAGAAUUCGCCUAAAUUCGUUAAACACACCUUUCUGCCAACGAGGAUUGGCUGCGGGCAGUCACUGUUACAGAAGCCUUUAGGACAGAACAUGGCAACCAUGUACAGUCCUGUCUUGCUCUUCUUUUCUCAAGAUGAGAUAAUCCAGAGUAUAGAUCUUUUAAUUUUUUGGGAGACAGGGUCUAUGUAGCCCAGGCUGGCCUCCACUUCACAAUCAUCCUCACUGGGCCUCUUAAAUGUUGGGAUUCCUGGCAUGUACCGUCAUGCCUGGUUGCAGAAUACGAAAUGUUUAGCAACUUUAAUUUCAUCUUUAAAGAGACCAGUUCAGGAUGGCCCUUCCUCCACUGUAGCCACUUUAUAAGGUGUGUGAUUCUUCUGUUAGAAUCAAGGUGGUCUCAUGGGAAUGAUUACUGUAGCUCAAAGUGUUUACAAAGAAACUAUAUUGAGGAAAACUCUAAUGAAUCAAAGUCUCUUCAUAAAUCUAGAGUUGCAACUAGAUAAUAAAAUGAACUCAAAAGUGAA